AUGAGCAAUUCGACGGUCACCGUGUCAUGGCAAGCCCCGUCCUUCACGUCCUUCAACUUCACGACCGACGUCUGCAAGGAGGCCAGUAUCUGGGCUGGGAUCACGCUACAGCAGAUGAACCGGCUCAAGCUGCUGCAAGACAUCCCCGUAUUCGUCACGCUGAACUACCUGCGCAAACUGCUUCCGUAUGACUGGCCAGCCCCUACUAAUUCCGAACUUGGAGCUUGGUACCUCAGCUGGGCAAAUUUCACCGAUGGGCAGCCGUUCGUCAUGCCCGACGUGGACAAAGUCAUGGUCGCCAUGUUGAAAUAUCCCCUCAACAACUGCCAGGAUACUCUAUGCAAGAAUUUAGAGUGGCAGGGUGAUUCGGACGUCUCUGGUGCUGGUAUGAUGAUUAGCUAUUACCUCGCCGCCGCAAUGUCGACAAUGUAUUUCCUGAUCAUCUUCGUCGGCAAGUUGCCUCCUGUAGAGAGAAAGACAUCGCGGAACUCGGGCCUGUUCCUGUUCUUCCAUUCCUUCACCGACUCAAUCAACACCUUCCUCGACACCGCCCUCAUCUUCGCCGCGGCCAUGCUCGGUGCUGCCGUCGUCCGUUACACAUCUGUCAUCCGCCACCCAGAGCGUGACACCUCAGUCUACAGUCUCGUGGGCUCCGUCUACAUGUCUGCGUUCUCUAUAUACCCUGCCAUUGUGCUACAGACCGUCGCCGACGGCCUCCGCAAGCUGUUCCUGCGCCAGUUCCUGUGGCUCGUCGUGAUUGUGCUGGCCAUCGUCGUCGAGGUCCAGUACCGCACCGCCGACCCGUGGCAGUACGACACCAAUACGGUGCAAGGGGCGCAGGCAGCCUUUGUGCACAUGCGCGAGGCCGCGUGGAAUAUGGCGUGCGACUCAGACGAGAGGAAGCUCCGUCUGAUCAACAUGUUGACGGCUGCACACGUCUUUCUGGGCCUGAAUCUCGCCUGGUGGCUGUAUUACUUCCUCGCCUCCUUCGUCCCUCGAGGAGUUGUCGCGAGAAGGGAUAACUGGAAGGCCUGGAGGAUAUUUACCCGGAUCCGUCCGUUCUUACGCCUAUUUGCAGGAGUUGUUUCCCUGGCCGUAAUGUGGACCAUGCUGGGCAUCUUUUCCAAUUACCGAAGCGAGAUGGCAGCCCGAUCUGGCUCAGACAACAAGGAUGGGUCGUGGACAUUUGGCCAGGUGCUGGCCUUGGCCACCUGGAUGCCGGUUGUCAUCGAUAUCGCGGCGAUUUAUAUACACGGCCCUGAGAUCGGUCUCAGUAUGAAGCUGAGCAGGACAUGGAAGGUUGUGCGGUCAAGCGCGAAGGUAGUGCUGGACAAGAAGAACGGCUCUUCUCCGUACUCGAAGCUGUCGCUCUCACCGGCGGAUACGCAUGCUUUUAUGGCUCGAUCCUACGAGGAGCGCGGCUCUGACGACAUUGAGGCUGCAGCGUCCCUAUCAUCACCACCUGAGCGAGCGGACAGCAGCACAACGUCGACCAUGUCAUCGAGAAACUGCGGCCUACGGUCUUCAGCUCGAGUUGAUGAUGCCUUAGUAAUCGACAACCUUUCACCGAACCUCCAUGCAGUUACCGAACUUGCAAACACAGUCGACGAAUCCAUCCAAGCACGAAUCGAGCGCCUCGGCCGCGAACGCCCCCCAUUAUUCACGAACUGCUGGAGCGAGAUAGUCUUCGUCUUCAGCAUCUCCAUGUCCCAGUUCCUGACGGAAUACUUUGUCUCGGGCUUCACCGUCAUCCUCCCCACGCUGAUCCGAGAGCUCGAUAUCCCGCAAGCAGCCAGCGUGUGGCCGGCGACCGCCUUCUCCCUCGUCAUCGCCAGCACCCUGCUCGUUUUUGGACGCCUGGGCGAUAUGGUAGGCGGGUAUCCUGUCUUUAUGUGGGGCCUUGCCUGGCUUCUUGUCUGGAGCAUCAUCACCGGGUUCAGCGUCAACCCGCUGAUGCUCGACUUCUGCCGCGCUCUGCAAGGGCUGGGAGUCGCGGCAUCCUUGCCUACCGGGGUUAUGCUCAUGGGGUCGCUGUAUCGUCCUGGGCCGCGAAAGAACCUCGUCUUUGCAGUAUACGGCACCUCUGCGGUAUUCGGUUUCUUUGGUGGCAUUCUCAUGGCAGGUGUCGUGGGCCAGUUCAUGCGCUGGGGGUUCUACUUCUGGAUUGGUGCUCUCCUGACGGCCUUGACUCUUGCAACCUCGGUCUUGUCCAUCCCCCGCCCUCAUGUGAAAGAACUAUCCCCAAGCAAGGUCAAGAUGGACUACCCUGGCGCCGUCACGAUUGUCUCUGGCCUCAUCCUCGUCGUCUUUUCCAUCUUGCAAUCAGCACACGCCCCCGCAGGCUGGAGAACACCGUAUAUCCCAGUCUGUCUCAUACUUGGUGUCUCGUCACUCCUUGCUGCAGCCUACAUCGAAACGCGCGUGUCGGCUCAACCGCUCCUGCCGGCCUCGAUAUUCACGACUCCUUGCAUGAGCUCUCUUCUUUUCGCCCUCUUCCUUCUCUACGGCACUUGGGGCAUCUUUUCCGUAUACAGCACGCUUUACUUCCAGAACGUGAUGUCUGCCAGCCCGCUGCAGGUGGUGGCGUGGUACGUGCCUCUCGGCCUUGCCGGCCUCAUUCUCAGCGUCAUCGAAGGCUUCGUCCUGCAUCUGGUUCCAGGGCGCCUACUGCUGAUCAUUUCCGGUCUUGGUGCAGUAGGGUCGCAGCUGCUCAUAGCUCUAAUUCCGCCUGGUGGAGGCUAUUGGCCAUGGGUCUUUCCCGCAGUCAUCCUCAGCACCGUCGGAAUUGACUUAUCUACAAUUUUGAUGACGGUCUUUGUGACCACGACGUUUCCAACAGCGCAGCAGGGGCUGACUGGAAGUGUGAUCAACUCUGUAUUGCAGCUCGGUGUGGCCUUUGUCCUUGCGCUGACAGACGUUAUCCAGUCAGCAACGGUUGAUGAGGCAGGGCUGGCAAGGAGCUAUAAAAACACGUUCUGGUUUGGAGUCGGCGCUGCUGUCGCAAGUUUGCUUAUCCUGGCCAUCUGGGGAAAGGUGCCCAAGGCCAGCAGUGAUCUGACCGCGGAUGAAAAGGCAGAACUGCUGGAAGAGGCGAUGGCUGAGCAGCGAAGGCAACUAACUGGGUGA